CCUCCCCCCAGCGAACCCAUCCCAUCCCUGAUUCCAAGCUCCCCUCUUGGUAAUCCGCCUUCCCUGGCCUCUCGUCUCCAGUCCACUCCUCCCCCGUCUCGCCUCUCCUCUGUCGGCCGCUUCCAUCGCGCCGGUUCUGGAUCUCGCUCCUGCCUUUCUUCCCCUGCUUGCUUCUGUUCCUUCGACGCUCCUCCCUCAGUCCUCGCUGCUCUCUCUCGUUGCCAUGUCCUCGCAUCUGGCCUCCCUUGAAAUCUCCAGCACCGCUGCCAACCAGGCCGCGGUCGCCAAGAAGUUUGUCUGCGAAUAUCCCGCGUGCGGCAAGGCGUUUGCAACUUCCGGCCAUCUCUCUCGCCACGCCAAGGCCCACUCGGGCCUCAAGCCGUACAGCUGCCCCAUCCCCAACUGCACCUCAAAGUUCUCCCGCCACGACAAUAUGCUCCAGCACUACCGCUCCCAUGCCAAGAAGAUCUGGUGCUCCUCCAUCCCGGCCAACGCCCCUCCGCUGCGUCGACGACCCUACACCAAGCGUGCGAACCCUGACCAGCAGCAGCAGCAACAGCAGCAACAGGCUACCCGGCCCGAGGCCAUCUCGCUGCCCAGAGGCCAGUCGCCUCCCAACAGUGUCUCUCCAACGGCCUCGGUUCACCACCACUCCCUGUCCCGCCCUUACCCAGAACAUGGCCCGGCUGAGGCCUAUGCCUUCCCCAAUCACGGAUACUACUCUCCUCCCUCCCCCUCUAUCCGUCUCACCGACGACUCUGUCGAUCGCCGAGCAUCCUUUUCCCCGAGCGCCUCGCACUCUCACUUCGUCCGGUACCCGCACCCGCACCCGCACUCGGUCGAGGCCGCCUCCCAUUCCCGGUACAACCACGACUUUCCCACCAAGCUGCGCGAACUCAGCGCCCCAGCUCUCCCCUCGGUUUCGUCGGUCUCGUCGCCCUCGUCCGAGCGGCUACUACCGCGCCCCGUCCGUCUAUCCGCCCACUCAUGA